GUCGCGUCCUCGCGGCCACACGCCAUGUUUGCCCUCUUGAUAUCUUUUGGUGUCUUUCACAAACAAUUCUUCACUACUCGUGCACAGUCGAACAUCAUCUGUUUGGGUUCGGACGCAUUCAGCAGCGUAUUCGGCAGCAUUCUAGACGGCUAUCGGCCCGUCCUGACGGAGACUGCUCCUUUGUUCAUCGGAGACGGGGACCCGCUGGGACUGUUCGACCUACGUCGGGGCAGAGUGCACAACGUGAACGAGACCUACUUCAGGGGGAAACUAUCUGUGGAGUGCAACGAUACCCACAUGGACUUGCAGAUUCCGCUCAAAGUAAAGCGUCCACGCAUCGUGUACGACGUCCGGCAGUCGCUGCGAGAGGUCCCGUUGACGGGAGAGCUCCACAUCACCAUGGACCUGAUCGACUUCGACGUGAGACUGCUCGCGACGCGCAAGAAGAGGUCCGCUCCUCCCCUGGUGUCUUCCAUGGACAUCUUGAAGCUGGUGCGGUUCAAGAUGACCUUCCACGACAUGGGACUCCUGGGCUCUCUCUUCAACUUGGCACUUCACACGACGCAUGCGAUGUACGGACAACCGCAGGAAGAGCUCUUCCGGAUACUACUCCACAGGGCGCUGCAACGCUACGCCGACAACUAUCCACUCCCAAUUUAA